AUGACGACGAUGACGUGCAGCCAAUACAAAGAGACGGCGGAAGGAGUCGGUGGCGGGCUCGUUGGGGCGGAUGCGUGCUCCGCAUUGGCGGAGGGCCAGUUCGGCUUGACAAUCGACUGCCUGCAGGAGUGCCAAGACUGCUGCGAGGAGGACCCGUGCGACAGGAAAUGCUGCGAUAACUACGAGGUCCUCUCCUCCAAGUACAGAAACGUAGACUUCAAGAGCAGCUCAGGCUACCAGAGCUAUCAUGGGCCGGGCGUCUCAAAGGAAGCGGUCGAAGAGGGGCACUGUCGUACUCGCAACGGCCAAGUGUUGGUAAACACAAAUCAGGUGGUCAACGAUGCCGACGAUCCCGAUGGAAGCGCCUAUCACGACCCGCGGAAUUCCCCGGGUUGCUGUGACCAGCACUACAGGUGGUGGAACACUCAGCCAUGGAUUGGGUGGUGCGAGUGGAAGGGGAGCAACUGGUAUCGAUUCAUGGGCGAGGCAGGACACAAGAUCGCGGAGGCAGGUGAUCCCAUUGGAGACAGCGACAUGCAUACGGCCACCUGCAAUACCGUGCACUCGUACGGGAUGCUUGGAGGCCACCCACGAACGUAUAAGCAGGAGGUGACAAGACAACUCUACAGUGCGUGGCCCAACAACGGCGGGGGCGGGUACACCACCCAGUCUUGGGCUCGCAUCAAGGUCCAACGUUGCCCUGGCGAUUUCUUCAUCUACCACCUCAAUGAUGUGCCCAUUUGUUACCUUGGCUACUGCGGUUCCUCUAAUCCACCGUCGUUUGAGUGA